UCAAACUUCAUCAAUUCAAUAUUUUUAAUCAAAACAUUCUCCGAUAGUCGGUGUUAUUUCUGCCGGUGAUUUAUAAAUUAUUAAAUAUACAAUGGCUGCUCGCAAUGUCUUAAGACUGGGAGCCCUAGAGGCUCAGAAGACGGCGUUCCUGCUAUGUGACAUACAAGAAACAUUUAGGCCGCAUAUCAAAUACUUUAGCGAAGUAGUCAAAGUGGCAAACAAAAUGAUGGAAGCAGCAAAACACUUCAAAAUUCCUGUCUAUGUCUCGGAGCAAUAUCCCAAAGGUCUCGGCCAUACAACAAAAGACAUCAAUGUAUGUGACGCAGCCCUGGUCUAUGAGAAGACAAAGUUCUCCAUGUAUACACCUGAAUUAGAAGAGAAGUUGAAGAAAGAUGUGCCUGAUCUACAGUCAGUGGUUCUUUUCGGGAUUGAGGCCCAUGUAUGCAUAGAGCAGACUGUGAUCGACUUACUGAGCAAGGACUUGGUAGUACACGUGCUUGCCGAUGGAGUUUCUUCUAGAUCCCUCAUGGAUAGGGGACUUGCUUUACAGCGUCUGCAAUCCAUCGGGUGUUUUGUGGGAACUUCGGAAAACGUGCUUUUCAAGUUAUUACGCGACAAGAACCAUCCGGCUUUCAAACAUGUAUCUAAGCUUAAUAUUACACCUAGCGCCGAUGAGUUUGGGCAGAAAAUUAAUCAGAUGUAGAAAGUCCUAGAAAAAGGCUCAUUUUCAUUUGUCAUUACUUAAGGGCUUGACUUGACGUCUUCACCACAUAACUAACUUCAAAGAAACUCGACAUUGUUUGUGUGUAUCUACAAAUAUAAAUACGUCCAUUCAAACAUCUGCUUUUGGUCGAGAGACCGAUGGCAGUACAUAGCAAAAAAACAUAAUAAAAAAAAUAUCUAAGGGCUGUCUCAAUAUUCUGUCUGUUGUCUGUUGAUUUGGUUACUAGAGGUAUUUUGUAUAGGCGCCGUUAGCCCCAUACAAGUAAUGACAAAUUCCUAAAGCAUAAGCACGAAUAGAUAGAAUUGGGACUGGUCGUUAUACAUACCUAUAGAAUGCGGAUAGGUAUGCGGCCUAAACUUCUGAAAAUAAAUUCACUAGUGAGUGUGAAACACAUCUGGAACCACUUUUUUAUAUGUGUUAAAGAAUACCCGCAUGAACGAUAACAAGAACAAAAAUCUGGUGUCGACCAACGAAAAUAAGCCUUAAAACAAAGAUAAUUAUAAGAUUUUAUAGGAAAGACUCGAAUAGAAAAAGCCAAGAACUUAAAUUAUUUUUAGAUAUGGAAACAAUACUUAAAAUAUGCUAUUAUGCUCAAAUAUUUUUCGAUGAGUUGCACAAUUUUGCUAUAGGUAACGAUAACCGAACCAUUUUCAGCUGUCAAGUCGCCGAUUUGACCAAUGCGCGGCAAGUAUACGGCUGGUUAUGGUUAUAGUUAAAUGGUACAUAGUUUUUUUUCGCGUAGGUUUUUUACUCUCACACCUACUAUUUAUUAUAUUGGUUUCCAGUAUUUUUAAUAUUUUUUAAACCAAAGCAAAGCAAAAAUCACUUCCAUUCAUUUUUAUUCAUACACAUCUUGGCUUUAAAAGGGGAGGGACAAAACUGAUUUUAUGGAAAAAUAAAUUAUUUAAAUUGUGUAGAUUUGUAGGUGAAGGUAUUCUUAACAAACAGACAUUUUAAAAUAUGGGUUUUUGGUGUAGACUUAUUUCUUACCUGCUUGAAACGACGCUGGCGCGAAAAAUAUGUAAAAAUAAUCAAUUUUUAGCAUUGUAUUUGCAAAAAUAAUAGAACUUCAGAAACGAAAUAUACUUACUAAAUAUAAGUUUAUUUAAAUAAAAAUAUCCUCGCUAUUACAUAAGGAGAGUUGUACAGAAAACUUAUUUCAUCACUUAGAACUUAAGACUGACGUUCAAAGAAAAAUAUAAUAACUUAUGUAAAAUUUUGGAAUAAAGUAGAUUAUUUUAAAUGGUUUUCACAUCGCACGAGCGCAAGAAAGUUAUUUUAAAAUCUUAUAUUAAUCUUAUUAUUUUUAAAAGGUGCUCAAAAUAUCUAAAUAAAAUCUGAAUGCAUUUUUAUGGUUCAAUAUCAACCAAAAAACUUAAAAUUUUGAUAUACCUGCAUAUCUCCUUAUCUUUUCACAUAUUCAAAAGCGCUCGUGAAAUGUCAAAAACCUAGUAAAUAAAAUAGGCAAUACAAUUAUUUAUUAAAUUGUAUUAUAAAUGAAA